AUGGUUCACGUGAUAUACAGAAAAAAGGAUUGUGUUGAAGAUGAGACCGACGAUAGUCUCGAGAUUUUCACGAUACUACAAAACAUCGGUAGCAUCACAAAGAUGUUUCAAUGUGACGCCGAUGAGUGUGAAUGUUGUUGUGGUAACAAAGGAAACGGGGAUCGCUUCACCCCCACUAAGCCCUUCUUUGAUACUGAUAAUAACAAUAUCGGGUCAGGGUUGAUUGUUGACAAGAAACUUGACCUAUACUUGUUCAAUAAGCUUUUAAUAACUGAAGCUUACCAUAAAUCGGUCUUUGCCUCAUUGACAAUUAGGGAACACGCGAAGGCCGAUAUUCAUUACUAUAUUCGCCCUGAUACUCUUUUCCCUGAUUACCAUAAUUAUUCUAAUGUCUAUCUCUGA